UUCCUAGAUUUCCUGUGUCACAUUUAUUGUUUCCCCUAUCAGAAGUGCACAUUUGCAGACAUGCUGAGUUGUUUCAAAGAUAAAGUUGGUGAUGUUUUAUUACCAGGAGAUGUAUUUUAUUUUCAAAUGCCUGAAAGUAUCACCGACAGCAAACCCGAGAAAGUUGUUUGUGGACCAGGGCUUCGGCGAAACGGAGAUGAAGUUCUCGUUUGCAAAAGCGGAAUCCUACGACAUAAACAACCGAAUCUGUACUGGAUAGACUCUCAGCAACGGAGGUAUGUUCCAGGAAAGGGGGAGAGUGUGAUUGGCAUCAUAACUGCCAAGUCAGGUGACAUCUUCAAGGUGGAUGUAGGGGGUGAGCAGGCAUCACUCUCCUACCUCGCCUUCGAGGGGGCUACCAAGAGGAAUAGACCUAAUGUGCAGGUGGGGGACCUGGUGUACUCUCAGUUCAUCAUUGCCAACAAAGACAUGGAGCCGGAGCUGGUGUGUAUAGACAGCUGUGGACGAGCCAACGGGAUGGGGGUGUUUGGAGCAGGCGGGCUUCUCUUCAAGGUGUCCCUAGGACUUGUACGCAGGCUGCUGGCACCCCAGAGUGAGAUAGCCAAGGACCUGGAGAAGAUGUUCCCCUUUGAGAUUGUGGUGGGGAUGAACGGGCGGGUGUGGGUCAAGUCCAAGACCAUCCAGCAGACCCUCAUCGUGGCCAACCUGCUGGAGAGCUGUGAGAACAUGACAGCCCAGCAGCGACAGACGCUCUUCAGAAGGGUGGCCGACGGAUCCAUCUAGGCUAGGGGACCACUCUGCUCCGGAGAAGGAUGUUCGAGAACUGUCUGAUUUAAUGGGGUUUGGCUCAAUCAUUUGAAGGCAAGGAGGAAUUGGUGUGGUCGUCUCCUUUCCUUGUCUCCUCUCCUGACUACUGAGCUAAAAGUGAUGAAUGAAUCACAACUGAGUGAUGAAUGCAGUGUAGUUGAAACUUAUCAAGUCAAAGGGGAUUUUGACCCCAGUGUGUUUGCGCUGUGUGAAUAAUCCUAUUUUUUUUUACGUAUUUUGUUCGUCAACUACAUUUGAGAAAUAAAUAAUGAAUCUCGGUUGAUUAAAAAUAAAUAAGUGCUCCUGUUCAAACCAG